UCGAGGUAGCUAUGGGGUCUUGUCUAGGCAAAGGCCUUCGGGAGCAGCGCUGGUCCCGGCGGCGCGGUGCAGGCUGGGAUUGAGGUUAGAACCGAAUAUUUCUGAAAUUUUCGCGAAUUUGCCCCUUAUUUUGGGGCUAUUUACAACCCGACUGCAUGGGUGUUACUCCCCGGAAAGCUCCAAGACCAAAACUAGAACCUUUUAGGUUCGCCUGAGCGCUGACAGAAGCGGAGAAGCGGCCGAGAGGAGACGAGAGAAGGCUGGGAGGGCGGAGGUCUCUCCAGCACACAGACAGCUCGGCCAGAGCCAUCUGAGCAUCCAUCUGAAGUCUCAAGCAGUUUUGACAGUAUGGAAGACACCAGCAGCGCUGAUGAUCACAAAAUGUAGAAGACUCGUCACAAGAAGAAGAAAACAAGACUGAAUGGCAGAUUUUUGUGACUAGUAACGUGUGUUCCACACUAUAUAUAGUCUGUCGUGAACAUGCAGUGAUUCUUGGCAAGUAAAGCUCACAUCUUCUAGGAAACAUUUCUGCAAGUGUUUAGCUGAAGACAUCACCAGGAUAUAAAUGGAGCGUAGCGGACUGAGAGCAGUUGUCUCAGCGUGCUGUCAGCUGCAGUGGCGUAGCUGCUGAAUCGUGUUGGUGCCUUUCAUGUUGUUGCUCUCACGGAGGAGGAGACAUGAACGUGAACAAGGAGAGCAGCUGCAUCGGCUUCCCUCCACCGCUAGGGGGCACAGUGGAUAAGUCCAUUUUUGUGGUGGUGCCCUUCGGCUGGAGGAGAAUUGUGGAGAAUGGGAGGGUUAUCUAUAUUAGUCCUGACGGUUCCUGUCUAGUGUCUGUAGACCAGGUAAACCAGUACCUGCAGAAGGACGGGACCUGCAAGUGUGGGCUGGGAUGUCCUCUUCAGGUCAACAAGGUGUUCAACUUCGACCCCGGGGUGCUGGUGCGUCACCGCAGCGCGGAGGAAGUGAAGUCGUGCCAGGCAGAGGACGACCUGACCAAACUGUGCAACCACAAGCGUAAGAUUCUGGCCAUGGCCACCCUGAUGGAGCCUCCUGUCAACACCCAGUCCAAACCCAGCUUCACUAUGGCUCCCAUUAGAACGGUGGAGAAGGUUCCUAUCAGUAGGACCCAUCGACCCCAGAAGUCCAAACCCCUCCAGGCUGAAGACACCCAUCCCCGCUACACCAACGUCUACAUGAGGCAGGUCGUCUCCUCGCACGAGGGGGGGCCGGGGAUGGGGGUUGGGGGACACCCAGGGGUGAUGCCGCAGGGACUGAGGCACUACCCCGAGCAGCCUCGUAUGCCCAUGCAGCAGCAGCAGCAGCCCCCACCCUUACAACACUAUCCUCCACAGCAAAUGCACAUGCAGGAACAACAGCAGUUCAUGCACCAGGGUGGCCCUCCCAUGAUGCAACAGAGGCUCCGUCACCUCCCGAUGGCGCCUCAGCACCAGAUGGCCCCCCACGGAGGCAUGCCUCCCCAUCGUCAUGGCGACGGCCACGCCCUUCAGCAUUCCUACGACGGUAUGAUGGGGAAUGAGUUCCCCCACGGCGGAAACAUGGGCGGGUACAACAUGAUGCCACAGCAACAGCCGACUCCUGUGUACAACAACGCGUACAGUCCCGUUCCCAUGCGGAGAAGGACGAGUUCAAGUAGUCGGGGCACACCAAGCCCUGCCCUUAGCAACAAGACUCACCGUAGCCCCGCGUCGGGAGUACCCAGCCCCAUGAUGAGCCCAACGGACAUUCGGUCGAAUCCCAGUUCUCCGUUCGACGCUGGGGUGGGUGGCGGCAACCCUGGGUUUGUGUCACCCACGCUGCAGGGCAUCAUGCCUAAUAUGGGCAUGGGAGAGCCUCCUGUGAUCGUUCCCCUCCCCAGCAACCUCCCCCUACCCACAAGGACUACUCGGCCAUCGGGAACAGCCCAAAGGGGGGCGACUGUCACCCCCCCUGUCAGUAUUGCCCCCAACCCAGAGGGGGUGUCGGGAAACCGCCAGGUGCCUUCCUCCUGUAUGAAGCAAAGGUCAGAGAGCUUGAGUAGCCAAUGGAGCCCCCCUGCCCAACGUAGGGGGUCCAAUUCAACCUCCGAAAACCCCCCUCCUCGGCAACACCAACAGGGGCAAACUCCCUCUCCCCAAGAAGACAAGCCUCAUGGACUAGUUCAACAUCAGAGGAACGUUCCGAACCCCCUACUUGUCGGCAACGAUGUCUUCCCCCAAAUAAACCCCCUUUUCUCCGCUGGUUCUGGUAACCAGGGGCAGCAAAAGAACCCUAACAACCCAGGACUGCUGGGGGUCACGUUGCAACAGAUACUGAGCCGUGAGAAUGCUUCGUCCUUCCCAGCAUCCUCUCUGUUGUCGGCAGCCGCCAAGGCGCAGAUGUCAAGCGGCUUGGGAAAACAGUCAUACGGUACGACGACAACCACGUCAUCGCCAUCAUUCGGCCAGCUUCUCCAACAAGGGAACUACAGUCAGGCAGGCAACAAAGGGCAGAGUGGCGGGGGAAACUUUAAUGCGCCCAACCCACCGCGGUCGCGGAGAAGAACGGCCAGCGGAUCUACUAGACGGAAAUCAGGCCCGGAUGAUAACGACUUAGGACCAAUUACCUGUCAGAGAACACCCGCUCUCAGCGAAUUAAUGGGGAGGAUAGCGAACGUGACUCCGGGGCAGGGAAAUCCAGCUAUGGGGCAGGGAAAGCCUCUCCUCAGCCAGGGGAACCCUCCCCAGGGUCAGGGGAGUCUCCCCCACCCCCCACAGGACACUUUAAACACUGCUCAGGAGAGGUUCAGGCUGGCGCUGCAGCAAAACGUUCAUCAGGCAGGUGGCGCUCCUGCAAACAGCCAUCCCUCAGGUAUGAGUCAUCCUCGUAUGAGUUUCUCUCAAGGCGCGAGUAUGCAAAGGCACGCAGCGCCGGCGCAGCACUCGCAAGGUGCGCCGUCAGGUAACGUAUACGGGAACAACUCUGCAUCUCCGGCCAUGGUCACAAACAGUGCCACCACUGUACUGUCUGUCCAGAACCAACAACAUCAAGGACUGCACCAGAUGCAUAAAUUUUCCAACACCUCACAAGCAGAGCUGAGUGUAAGCAGGAAUGACAAGCCUGUGACCAGUAGAAGUAACGUUCCCACCCUUUCCACGGCUCCUAGCACGUCAACAAGACAGGAACAGGUACAGACUUUUGCCAUGGGUACAAGUCCGUGUGUUAAUGUGAACAGCAGUAUGGCUACAAGUACUGUAGUACCCAGCUCUGUUACUACCAUCCCACAGUUCCAGAGCGCAGCGUCUACGGUCUCUCACAGCACAACCACCAUCACCACGACCACGGUGGCGACUCAGGUCCUGCCCACAACUGCUGUGUUGUCCACCGGGGUCGACCUCCCCAUUGUGCAGCAACAGCUCACCGGCAUCUCCCAGACCCCGCAGCUACUGAACCCAGCUCUGCUUCAGUCCGUGCUUGUACAGCAGCCUGGUCUGGUCAACCCUGCCAUGGCGUUGAACCUCCCGCUAGCGUUAAAUGCGGGGUUGCUUAGCAACCAGGGCCAGCAGACUGUGGACGCUGCCGUCAACGGCAGCAUCAACCAAUCGGCUGGUCUCACCCAGGUGUUGCCGUCACUUGCCCAGGGACAGUUGACGCUGAAUCAGUUGGCAUCACUGCUUCCGCAACUCAGCGAGGCGAACGUCCAAAGCCAGAACGUUGCCACGUCCGGGCUGCCGACCAGCGUGAAUCCAGUACUGACGAAUCAGCAGAAUGUGGAGUCGUCUCAGGCAGGGAAGGUAGCGCCGUCUAGCGAUGCCGGCCUGGCACUGCAAGUGCAGCAGGGCGGGAACGUGAACAGCGGCAACUUCAUCCCCAUCGUGCCGGCAGGAAUCCUACCGAGCAUCGACCUCACGCAGCAGCUUACUCAGCUGGGUGGGAUGUGUCUACCCGGAAAUCUCAACCUUGGGAUGAGCUUGAAUCCGCAGAUCCUCGGACAGGGGCUGGGGAACCCAUCCCUGGCAAACAACCUGCUGCUGACUGCAGGAGUCCUGAACCUCAACAAUCAGAACCUGCUGCAGAUCCUGCAGCAGCAGCAGCAGCAGAUUCUGCAGAACUCGGGGAUCAACCCUGCAGCCCUGCUUCAGGGGGUGAACGUCGCCACCUUGCCGCAGCCGCAGCAGAAAAACGAAACACAACAAAAUGACAGCAAAGAAGCGGAACAGGCAGUGGAAGAGGCUGCCCCAGAGCCUGCAGUUUCAGUCAGUCAACCAACACCAACGUCACAAGUACCCAGGCCGAUGAGCAGUAGUCAAGAGCAGCCAUCUGAGGCAAUGUCUCAGGCAUCAACUGUGGAGUCGAGUUUGGAAAAUUCUGAUUCAACAAUAAAGACAGAAGCAGGGGCGACAACUGUAGUGACUGAAGCCCAAAAGUCGAUGGUAGAUGCGAUCUACACAGCUGUUGUCGAUGCUGCCAGUCAAGGGGUCAAGGUUAUAAUUACGGAGCCAUCAAGAUCGAUCAUGAGUACGACAGCAAGCUCCACCACUGCCACAACGUCUGCACUUCCCCUUCCAAUCAGUCAGGGGGCGCUCAGUGCAAUGAGUGCAUUCACGGCAUCCAUUCCUGAUCCAGUGAACCUCUCUGCAGCUGUGAAUGCCGUCGUCCGUGGUGAUGACCCCUUAUCGCUCGGAGGGUCAAGCCGCAGUAGUCGGUGUGACUCAAGUUCCGGUCAUUCUUCGCCGAGUCGCGGGGGCAGUACGCCCAGGAAAAGCCCUGCUCGCUCUCUAACACCCGGGUCGGCAAAAGUUUCCCCCGUUGCGCAGGUAUCCUCUCCGGGAUUGGGCACAUUUGUGAGGGAGCAGCACGUGAUACACACUGGGUCAUCACAGAGUCCAAAACCCAACACACAGACUUUCCCACACAGAAGCCCUGCAAGAUCACCGGCACGAACGCCUGUCAUGGCUGUCCCAACAAGAAUAAGAGUAGGCGGCGAACCAAGCACAGAAAGCGAACAGCAAAUGGUAGACCCGUUGCAACAUGUCGAUUUGGCUUUUAAUGUCCCACAGAGUUUGGAGCCUUUAGACACAACAGCAAACAAUUCCUCUGUUUCUCCAGAUGGUCCGAGUGUGGAAAACUCACAUGUCCACCUGAACAAUAACUACUCCAACGAAAAGGAGGAGACAAAAGAAGAGACUGUUCAAGAUAAUGUACAGUCUCACGAACUGAGUCAGGAGAAAGCAGCACCGGAUACGUUAACAUGUACCGGUGUGAACCACCUUGUUCCGAGUCCCGGUGUCAGCUCUUGUAGCUCCUCGAGUAUCGGUACGGCAGGAGUUUCUCCGUCAUCAGAACCAUCGUCACUCACAUCUGUUGAAACGUCCCAUUUCUCAUCCGUUGAGGUGUCACAAUCCUCGUCUCUCGAAACGUCGCACACAACGUCACAGGAAGUUGCGCAGAUUUCAUCAGUUGAAAGUUCCCAAGUCGCGUCGGUUGAAACAUCACACACAUCCUCAGCAGAGGUUUCGCAAAGUUCACCAAUGGAAAAUUCCCUAAGUUUACCAACUGACGUCCCCAACACUUUAUCAUCUGAUCUCCCCAACACUUUACCGUCUGACGUCCCCAACACUUUAUCAUCUGAUGUCCCCAACACUUUACCGUCUGACGUCCCCAACACUUUACCAUCUGAUGUCCCCAACACUUUACCGUCUGACGUCCCCAACACUUUACCAUCUGAUGUCCCCAACACUUUGCCAUCUGACGUUCCCAACACGGAAGCCUUACCUGAAGCAGUUUCUACACCACCAGAAGUUGCUGAGGAAACGGUAGAAAGUAGGACAGAAGCACCACCUGCUGACUUAGAGGUGAAUUGCACGCCCGUAAAUGAUACAACUCCUGUUGAAAAUGACUGUCAUUCGGGUAAAGAGAACUUUGUGGCCGAAAAGGAGAGGAAAAGGGGAACCAAGAGGCCAAGAGAGGAGGUGGAGGAAAACGGGGAAGAGUUGCCCUCUGACCUUUCCCAGAAGGCACUGCCAGCCAAUGAGAGGAGAGUUGGUACCAGAAAUAACCCACAAUCCCUUGGAAUAGCCCUGAGAUUAGCAGCAGCUGAUGGGGAGCUUGAUGAAGCUGACUCGAGGGAUUCCUCCCCGGAGCCCCCCACCCCCCGCGGUCCCCGGAACUUCAGCACAGGAGACUUGGUGUGGGGACAGAUCCGCGGUUUCCCCUCCUGGCCAGGGAAGUUGGUACAGGAGAACGAUGUCAAGGGGAACCAUGUCAAGUCAGAGGAAGGCAAGGUGUGGGUAAAGUGGUUUGGUGACCACACCUACACACAGGUGGAGCCAGAUAAGCUGAAGACUCUGACAGAAGGGCUAGAGGCACACCACAAAGCCAGGAAAAGGCACAGGAAGGGCCGUAAGAUGAACAGCAACCUGGAGGCAGCUAUAGAGGAGGCCAUGCUGGAACUGGAGAGGAAGGAUGGCAUCGUUCCUGACCCGAAGCCACGCACAGCAGGCCGACCUAAAGCAGUGAAGAGGAGAAAGACACACAGAUGACACAAAAGCACAACGCUGUGCAAACUGUCACUCUCCCUUUCCUGAUUCUGUAUGGUCCUCAAAUCCUUGGACAU